CAUCCAAAUCCACCAAUGAUGUCAAAGCGCUUCAGUGAAGGCGGAACUUCCGGUUACUCGUAUAAACCAACUGAGGCCUCCCCAUGCGGUUUUGAUCUGUUGGUGGACUGGUAGCUAACGCCGUAAAGACAGACAAUAAUGGCCGAGAAUGAUGUUGACAACGAGCUCCUCGAUUAUGAAGAAGAUGAAGAGCCUCAAGGAGCCCCUGAGAGUGCAGCCCCUGCGGGCAAGAAGGAGGUGAAGGGUUCCUACGUCUCCAUCCACAGCUCUGGCUUCAGGGAUUUCCUGCUCAAACCAGAGCUGCUCCGCGCCAUCAUCGACUGUGGUUUUGAGCAUCCGUCUGAAGUUCAGCAUGAAUGCAUCCCACAAGCCAUCCUCGGCAUGGACAUCUUGUGCCAAGCCAAAUCUGGUAUGGGCAAGACAGCCGUGUUUGUGCUGGCCACACUGCAACAGAUCGAACCUGUUGAUGGACAGGUGUCUGUAUUAGUCAUGUGCCACACGCGAGAGCUGGCCUUCCAGAUCAGUAAAGAGUAUGAGCGAUUCUCCAAGUACAUGCCCACAGUAAAAGCAGCGGUAUUCUUUGGUGGCCUGGCCAUCAAGAAGGACGAGGAGGUAUUGAAGAAGAACUGCCCUCACAUCGUCGUCGGUACGCCAGGUCGCAUCCUCGCGCUCAUCCGGAACAAGACCCUCAGUCUGAAGAACGUGAAGCAUUUCGUCCUGGAUGAGUGUGACAAAAUGUUGGAGCAGCUAGACAUGAGGCGUGACGUGCAGGAUAUCUUCCGGAUCACACCCCAUGAGAAGCAGGUCAUGAUGUUCAGUGCAACUCUGAGUAAGGAGAUCCGACCCGUCUGCCGCAAAUUCAUGCAGGAUCCCAUGGAAGUAUUUGUGGAUGAUGAGACGAAACUCACACUCCACGGUCUGCAGCAGUACUACUGCAAGCUGAAGGACAGUGAGAAGAACCGCAAGCUCUUUGACCUCCUUGAUGUGUUGGAGUUCAACCAGGUGGUGAUCUUUGUCAAGUCAGUCCAGCGCUGCAUUGCUCUGUCCCAGCUUCUGGUGGAACAAAAUUUCCCUGCAAUUGCCAUCCACAGGGGAAUGGCUCAGGAGGAGAGGCUGUCUCGCUAUCAGCAAUUCAAGGACUUCCAAAGGCGGAUCUUGGUGGCAACUAACCUCUUUGGCCGCGGGAUGGACAUUGAGCGAGUCAAUAUCGUCUUCAACUACGACAUGCCAGAGGAUUCUGACACCUAUUUGCACAGGGUUGCCCGUGCUGGUAGGUUUGGGACCAAGGGCCUCGCUGUAACCUUUGUGUCUGACGAGACCGAUGCCAAGACCCUGAACGAUGUGCAGGACCGCUUUGAGGUCAACGUGGCCGAGCUGCCAGAAGAGAUUGACAUCUCCUCUUACAUCGAGCAAUCCAGAUGAGUCCUCCAGCCAAGCAGAAGUCUCCUCUCUAUGGGUCUUGCGUCUUGUAUUACGAAGUAGACGUACUUCACUGUUGAUUUGAAAGCUCUGCGUAUUCCCUAUGUUCACCAAACAUUUAUUUUUAUUGUCAGUUUUUUUUUUGGGACGGGGAUGUGAUUGAUUUUUAAUUUGUCUUUUACUGUUUGUUUUUUGCUUAAUGAAAUUAAAACUUUUUAUAAAAUGCCCUUUUUACUAUUGUGGUCUCUUGUGAGGCUAUUCUCAUCUACCACAUUGUCAUCAGUCUCAAGCGGAAAUAUGUUCAGACGUAGUUCUGAGGAACAUGAAAACAAUUUUUAGCCCCCUUUUUAAUGUUAAAACUAGUUUAUAUAGAAAGUUUUGUGGGUUUUUUCUUUGCUUUUUUCCCCCGCGACACAGUUGCUCUUUAGAAAGUAAGUGAGUAGUCAUUUAGUAACAGUUGGAGACACAAUUUUGACUCCUGGCAGCUCUUUGAAUUUCCAAUUGAAUGCCUCCAAUAAACAAAGUCACCAAGUGGAAUGAGCGGUGAAAUUGCAAAAUUCGAUACACGUAUGUCAUUAGCACACUGUAUAAUCAACUAUGUUUGAUAUGUAUCUGUUGGUAACUUGUUUUUAGGUAUUAAAACACUUCACAG